GUUCAGAAAAUGAAGUGUGGCAUAGUCUUUGAAGAUAUUGGCUACAAUGCCCCAGAGGUAAUUUUGGGGCUCCCAUUGAAUGAAGCCAUUGAUAUGUGGUCACUUGGCUGCGUUUUGGCUUAUGCAUGCAUGGGUGAUCACCUGUAUCCAAGACAUUGCCAAUAUCAGAUGAUGAGAAUCAUUGUGCAAAUGCAAGGUCAACCUGAUGAUCACCUGCUGAACACUGGGAUGUUUACCGAGAUAUAUUUUAACAGGACCCAAGACUCCUCUUGUGCUUCGUGGAGGUUAAAUUCACCAGAUGAGUACAACUUCAGAACAGGCUAUGAGACUGGAAUAAUCAGUGGAAUUUCUGACACAUUUACAGGUCUUGACGACAUCUGUGUAGCAAUGAAGAAGGAUUCUGAUUGUAAGGAUACACAGGCCUUUUUAAGCCUCCUCAAAUCUUUGCUUCAAUUAGAUCCUGAAAAGAGAAUCACCCCGACUGAGGCUUUACGGCACUGCUUUAUCACAGGUGGUGACAUUAAUGACGCCAAUGAUGAGAAUUCACCUGUCCUGACAACAGCUGACUCCAAGCUCAUGUUAUUGCCAGGCGAAGUGAUAAGUUGGAAUGAAUCAUCCAGUUCUAACUCAUUUCCAGCGUGUAAACAAACCACUGAAAAUGAUCAAGUAGAUCUUCAUAUAGAAGACAUUCUGUACAGUCAAUCUAGCAGAUUCAAGAUAAAUGAGUUUAUAGGGAAGGGGGCUUACGGAAAAGUAGCCCACUGCAUAAACUUGCACACUAGGGAGAAUUUGGCCAUAAAAAUAAUGCCUAAAUACAUGUCUCGGCUAUGUGUUCAUGAGUUUACUAUGCUUCAAAAACUCCAAAAGCUUGACGUCAACAAGAAUAACUUGCUUGCAUUUAUUGAACUUUUCUCACAUGAGAGAUAUGAUUGUUUGAUAUUUGAAAUGCUUGACAAAAAUCUUUUUGAACUGUUAUAUGAGAGGGCUUUGGUUCCACUAAGUUUAUCUGAGGUUAGAGUAAUCGCACAACAGAUGCUAGUGGCUCUAAACACCCUCAGAAACAUGGGUGUGGCACACACAGACAUUAAACCUGACAAUAUAAUGUUAGUAAAUCAUAAGCUGCAGCCUUUCAAGCUGAAAUUAAUUGAUUUUGGUCUGGCCAGGCCAGUUUCUGAGUUGAAGUGUGGCAAGAUUAUUCAACCUACUGGCUACAGAGCCCCAGAGAUCAUCCUGGGCCUCCCACCAGAUGCAGCAGUUGAUAUGUGGUCACUUGGCUGCAUUUUGGCUUUCUUGUUACUGGCCGAGAACCUGUAUCCAUCUAGAUCUGAGUAUGAGGUGAUGAGACUCAUCGUGCAGAUGCUAGGUCAGCCUGAUGAUCGUCUGUUAAACCUUGGAUUGCGUACCGGAGAAAUUUUCACCAAGGACAGUUUGUCCCGUUUUGCCCCAUGGAGGAUGAAAACACCCAGUGAAUAUAUCGUCACAACAGGCUCAGUGAUCAAAAAAUGUCGAGGAAUUUCUAGCACCUUUACUGGACUUGAUGACAUUGUGCACACCAGUGGAGAACUGAAGGAUUUCGCCGAGUUUCUUGAUACACAGGCCUUUUUAAGCCUCAUCAAAUCUAUGCUGCGUGUGGACCCUGAAAAAAGAAUUACACCACGCAAUGCUUUAAAGCACUCUUUUAUCACAAUGGAUCACUUUGGUAGUCACAUUCAAGACAAUUAUGUGAAAUCAGCCCGCCUUAUUAUUGAAAACUGCCAGCGGGAGCAGCCAACAGCUGAAUCCAUGCUCCCUGUAAUGUCAGCCAUUACUUCAUCGAAAGACCCAUGUCCAGAUGAGGAAGACACCCCUACGGAUACUAAUAAUGGAAUGCAAUUGGAUAAAGCCACUGCUGCAGGCCCGAGUUACAGACCUGCAGCCGUAACUGAUAGAACUCCUGCUGGCAAUGACAAUGGACCACCAGUCGAAGCUGGCUUAGCUGAAGCUGUUGCUGAUUUCCCCAGGUUCAGCACAGCAGCCACAGCUGACAGAAGAAUUGCUGGCAAAGGUGAUGAACCACCAGCCCAAGCUGGCUCAGCUGAAGCUGCUGCUGCUGUCCCUGAUUACAGAGUCACAGCCGCAGCUGACAGAACCAAUGCUGGCAAUGAACCACCAGCCCAAGCUGGCUUAGCUGAAGCUGUCCCUGCUGGCAACAAUAAUAAUCCAAGUAACUUUGUUAAAGUCAAAACAAAGAAGAAGUUGUUAAAGAGGAUCAGACGGGCCUUCUCCAGCUCCAAGCCCCCUGUGAUGUCAGGUAAAGAUAAAGAAACCACUAUGGAUAAUAAUAAUGGAAUACCAUCAGGUGAAGCCACCGCUGCAGGCCCGAGUUACAGACCUGCAACCGUAACUGAUAGAACUCCUGCCGGCAAUGGUAACAGACCACUAAUCCAAGCUUGCCAAGAUGAGGCUGCUGCUGCUGGCACCAGUAACAAUCCAAGUGACUUUGUCGAAGUCAAAACCAAGCACAAGUGGUUACAGAGGGUCAGACAGGGCUUCUCCAGAAUGGUCAAGUCUCUAAGCUGCUGCUGUUAGAUGUCAUCAAGUGAAGAUGCAGCAUUGUAUUGUUAGCACAGUAUGUCUCAUUGCAAAUGUACAUGACUGUGCCUCAGGGUUUUCUCCAGGUGCUCUGGUUCUCCCACAAUUUAUUUAAUUUAAAUUGAAAAAAAAAAUGCUGGCUUGGCUGAAGCGUUGCUGUCCCUGAUUACAGCUGCAGCUGACAGACCCAAUGCUAGCAAUGAGUCAAGUGUACAUGACUGUGUCUAAGGGUUUUCUCCAGGUGCUCUGGUUCUCCCAUAAUUUAAUUUAAUUAAUUUAAAUUGAAAAGAAAAAAAAAACAAAACACCAAAAAAUAAAACAAAUAAAAUAGAAAAAAUUUUAAAAGUUUUGCUUCACUGUUUGUCAAUAUUGAUGUCUGCGGCCAACAUUACAGUCUUUCAGAGGCUGUAGCAGACUAUUUAUUGAAACUUGACCUCAUGAUAUAAAAUGACCUGGACCACAUAGCCUAGUGUUACUUGAGUGUUAAUUAUGAGUUUUGUUGGACUGUAAAUUGUUUGCUGGAGAAGAGCUUCAGCAGUGGUCAUGAAUGUUUUUGACAGUGCCGCACAUGGUCUGCUGUCAGUGAGGGUGCGUUUAAACUUGCACCAAAUCUGUGUAAGAAUAUGUAUCAACCGAAAAACAGCUGCAACAAACACAGCAGACAUAUUAGAGCAUGGAAUUGGUCAUUAUAUACUUAAAUUGUAACGUGCUAAGACCGUAAACUCUCAAUAUUUGAACAUGUAUUACAGAUUUCUGACUAAAAUCUACAUCUCAAAUUAAUCUCAAGGUUCUCAGCUUUCAGAUAAUGUACACCACUUCUAUGUGGUAUAUACUGCUGACCUGCUCUGUAUUGUGUUUGCAUGGACUCAGUGAUCACACCAUGUAGCUUUGUUAUUGUUGCUUUACUAAACUGCCUGAACAUCACAGUUUACAACACCUGCCGCACCUCAGUGUUGAAACUCUUAAAGAGUAACAGUAACCUGUCACUAACACAAUAUAACAUCAUCAGGGUCAACUGGACACCUUAUGGUGUUUUUCAGACAUGGCACUAUGUACUCAAAGUCCACUUUCAGUUACAACGUGCUUUACAAUAAAGCAGCAACACAUUUAAAACAAACAAUAACAAUGAACUAAAAUCUCAAACUAAACAAAGACAAAAUAAAAUGUAAUUAAACAUGAUACAGUCAACUAAAGGCCCUUUUAAAGUCAAUUGUCAUCAUUCAAUAAUCUGUGUUUUGUCCUGUGUGUUCCUUUCUGAUCCCACAAACUGUCCAUGUCAGUGCUUCAAGUUGCCACUUAUGAACCAUAAUACACCCAAAUAAUCGAGUGGAUCAGCAGAGUUCAACCAGACCUAAAAAAUCUCCAUACAUUUGAAAGAUAAAGACGGCUUAGAGCCAAGAAAUUAUGCAUAGUAUAAGAGGGUGGACUACCAUCAACAUGUUGUGCUUAUUAAUAUUUGUAAAGGUUCAACCAACAUGUUGGCGCCCAACAAAUUCCCAGAGGUCCCGCCGUCUACUGUACCCAGACUUUAUUGCAAGUUACAAUAGUUUAACUAAAUCUUAAUCCUAAAUCUAAUUUUAAAACACCAUUUAAUAAGCGUAUUAAUUCUUCACCUAUAUGUAUAAAUGCUGUUUCAAACCAUCUCCCACAAUGCCAGGAAUACAAAUCAUAUGCUGAAAUCAGCCUAUAAAGACACAGUUUUUAAGUCUACCUGAGUUGCUAAAACCCAAAUUAUCAGAAGAAAUAUCAAAGAUAUGACAGCAGUGUCCUCGGUGCUAAUUGAACAUUCUUGGCAGCCCUGCUAUAUUAUAUUUAUAUGUUUAUAAUUGCGUUGUGGUGACA